AAUAACGGGGCCCGCGAACGCGCACCAAACGGACGGGUGGAUUCGGGUUGCGAUCUGGUGUGGCAGGCCCACGGCGAGGAACAUGCACGCCACCCACGGGGCGAAGAAGAAGUUGACCCGGACAGGGUGGAAGUACUCGCGCUUCACGGCUUCCAAAAGGCGCACUUGAGGGCGUAUGUGGCCGAGACCACCACGAGGGCGGCCACAGCUAGGAGCCAGAUGGUGAGGUUGACAAGCGGGGUGACGUGGAGGAAUGACGUGGCGGGGCUCGUCGAGAGGGCCCGCCAGAGGAUGGCCUGGCUGCUGAGCCCGAGGCAGAUGCCGAAGCAGCCGAUCGGGAAGCGGAGGAGGAAAGGCCACGUUUCGUCUUUUGGUAGGAGUAUGGCCGCGAAGAGCAGCAAAGUAUCUCCCUGCAGGGACGCUUUGGUCGAGAGGCUCGUUGAGUGGGCCCGACUCCGGAACAUUCUGAAAUCGCCUUUGUUCCUGUGUGCGGAUCCGAAUCCUCCGAAACUGUUGCCGCUUCUCGAUAAAGUUUUGGUCUCGCCGCCGUUGAGUUUUGAGAAUCCGGUUUCUAAUGAGACCUGCCGGCUGAAGUUUCGGUUGGGUCUUUUUGUUUCGCGAGGUUUGGUGGGUUUUCUGAGGCGUUUUUCUUGUUUGUCGUCCGUUUUCGUGGGCUUGUGCUCAUCGUCUACUUCUUCUUCUUCCUCCUCUUCGUGGAUAUCGACGAAAUGGGUGCCGGUGGAUCUUCUUGAG